UCUAACGCCAGCAAUAAGGAAGCGUGACAGAGACAGGGAAACGUCAAAUUUGUUUUCGUCUCUCCCUGAGUCCAGCGCCCUGGGUUUUUCUAGUAAUUAACGUGUUGUCACACAUCAGAAAUCAUGGCAGGAAAGAUCCAGCAGCUCAGCGAGUCUGUGGUGAUCCGCAGCCUUAGGCGGUUCAGAGACAGGUAUUUCCCUAACAGUGGUAAAGUUGUCACAGAUGGCAUGACGCCAGUUGUAGACACGGGAAAGGAAGAGCCACAGCCGGGAUUUCUGGACACCUUACCGGUGGAUCUACAGUUCCUGAUCAUGACCCUUCUGUCUCCUGCGGAUAUCUGCCACCUGGGAGCCACCAGUCGAUACUGGAGGGCCAUGGUCAGAGAUCCAUUACUGUGGAGAUAUUUCCUGCUCAGGGACAUGCCAUACUGGCCAUCUAUUGAUCAUGUGACCAUGCCCCAACUGGAGUUGUUGGAUGCACCACUAAUCAACGAGGAUGAGAGCCUGGAUGAUAGAAAAGAGGGGGAAGACAGAGGGAUGGAAUCGAAGUUUGACUACAUGUCAGAAUACCUGAAAGGCUGCCCAUCCUGCAGACAACAGUGGCUUCCAUCACGGCCGGCAUAUGAGGUCGUAACCUCAUUUCUUCAGUCUCUGGUGCCCUCGUCUGAACCACGUUAUGCCAUGUUUGGACCUGGCAUGGAGCACCUGGAUGUCUCUUUAGUCACAAGGCUCAUGCAUGCACCAGAUGUGCUUCCUGUGUCGGGCAUUCCACACAGACAGAUAAAUGGUAUCGGCUCUGGGAUCAGUUACGUGUUCAACAACCAACACAAAUUUAAUAUCCUGACUCUGUACUCAACCAAUAGGGCAGAGAGGGAAAGAGCCAGAGUGGAGCAGCAGAACAUCAAUAAUAAACUUUUUACCUUUGAGGGAGCAGAUGACUCAGGCGACCCAAUCUACAGCCCUGCCCCUCAGGUCCAGCAAGUGUGCCAGGUGGUGGAUGGUUUCAUCUAUGUAGCCAAUGCAGAGCCUGGGAGAGGUGGAGAGAGGUCAGAGGUGGCUCAGAUACGGGCUGUGCUGAGUUCUGCUGGGGGUUCCACAUCCAGGCCUCUGCUGGUACUCUCCUGUGUCUCCAGAGAAGAACCAGAAGCAAUUAGGACCACUGGCCAGCAUUAUAGCACAUCCAGAAACAUGGCCAGGCAUCGAAUUCCCUGUGUUGACAUGGCAAAGAGACUCGGGCUGCCGCAACUGGCUAACCCCUGGAUGGUGCAGGAUACAGUGGCAGAAUCCCUGUCAGGUCUUCUGGAUGGCAUUUCCUGGUUGCUGAGAUGUUCUGGAGUCAAACUCUAUGGUAGCUAGUUCCCUUACUCCUACUGCUGCCAGACGAAUUAAAACCACAGACCUCUAUGCUGCGUCAUCCCAACACCAAGACACACUACGGCAUUUCCUGAGUAAUGUGUACCACAUGUGCACUGAGUGUCUCAGGACUGGAGCACUGCCUGUGAAAUUUAAUGAACUGGAUGAGCAGCACAAGAGAUGGGUUGCUGACUAUUACUCAUCUGGGAGACCUGACAGAGACCCUGUUCUUAAAGUUAUAUAAACAUCUGGCAGGUUCACAGUAAACCCAGAAACUGGUUUUGUUGAAAACUAUGUUCUGUGGAGCAGGACAGCUAAUACUUUGUUUGACGUUACAUUUACAUUAGUUGUUGUGGAUGUAAGACAAUGUUCAAUGUGGACAAACAGGACCACACAGAUAAACAGGUUUAUGUGUAGAACUAGAAAAUUAAAAUGAAAAAAGAGCUAAAAUCUACACAUGUAAGAACUUCCUCUUACAAUUAUUGGUGAGCUGCUCACCAAUUAGGUGACCCACUGUUCAAUUUGAAAUGGGACAAGAGAAACUACAUUUUUUGACAAUACAUUUUUCAAUGUUUUAUUAAUGGUCAGUAAAUGAAAAAAAAAAAAAAAGACUUAAAGCCGUGUGGAAUGUUUUUUUUUUUUUUUUGGCCAAAAACAUUGGCUGUUCCUUUUACUCCUGACUUCAUUUGUUUAUAGCUAGGAGUGUGUGCCAACAACCUUUCUGCAAAAAGUCAGCUUAUAUAACUUUCAGACACAUCCAAAAGCUUUCCGAUCAAUGAUUUGCACUCACACACUACAAAGAUGUGACUUUUGAAGCUAAACUAUGAUAUAAGCAGUGGAAAUUAUUUACUGGAUUUUAAAUACUUUAUGGUUAUGCAAUUAGGAAAUGAUGUGUUUUUAUAAAUCAUUAAUAUUUGGUGAUUUUAAAUGUUUAUUUGUUGCACAAUUACAUUGUUCUACAACAAUUUCAUACUCUUAUGGUGGGUCACUUUUUUUAGACUCCAACAGUGCUAAUAACUCAUUUUUAAAUAUCCAUAUAACCAGUAAAUAACCAGUAAAUCGCUGUUAAGUAAAGUCUAUUCUAUGUACUGUACACAAGUCCCGUUUUCUGUUUUUUCUUUUCCUCAUCCCUUUUUCCUUUCACAUGCAUAUAUUCACAAGCUAAAAACCUGUGAGCAAUAGAAGGUAUUUACUUUCAACUCACUUAACUAAUGUGCUGCACUCUUGCCCUGUGGUUCCUUUCGUCUGAUGUCAACACUGGCAUGUAAAGUUGAAUUCACAUUUGAAUGUCAGCAAGCAUGCAAGAAUAUCCUGUUCUGGCCACUAGGGAGCGCUACUAGUAACUUUAUGAUUCAGUGCUUGGUUACUGAAACCUCUACCUUUCUGCCUUUCCGAUUUUUUGUUUUUUAAAGAAGUUUAAAGUAGCUUAGUAACAUGUUUGCCAAAUAGGAAAAUCCUGGCAAGCUAUAUUAAAUCAUAUGUUUUUUUU